AUGUCGUCGUUAUCUUUUUCGAUUAUCAGUAGUCAAUUUAGUAUUUAUGCUGGUUUGCCAAUAUGUAUUUUUGGUAUUAUUGGAAAUUUACUUAAUAUUCGCAUCUUAUAUCCAACUCGAUCAAAUCCAUCAUCAUUUCUUUUGUUUAUUUCAUCAUUUUUUAAUAUUAUUGCAUUGUCAGAAGGUCUUCUUCCAAGAAUAUUAGCCAUAAGUUUUAAUAUAGAUGCAUCAUCAACUAGUAUGCUUUGGUGUAAAAGUCGACUUUUUAUUGCCUAUAGUGUAACUAUUACUUCUCUAACAUGUCUCUGUUUUGCUUCUAUCGAUAGAUUUUUUCUAUCAUGCCGAAGUGUAGGAUGGCGUAAUCGAAGCAAACUCAGCACAGCAAAAAUUGCUGUAAUUAUUGCUACUACAGUAAUUUUUGCUAGUAAUAUUCCAUUACUAGUUUUUGAAACAAUUAUUGAUGUAAAAAGUGCUACAGGCAAUAUAACUCAAACAUGCGUAAUUAUUAAUUCUGAUUUGACCAUUUAUAUUAAUUAUAUCCUUCGACCUGUUCUUCUUGGCAUCUUACCUGGUACAAUAUUAAGUAUAACUGGUUGGCUUACAUAUCGUCAUAUUAAUUCGAUUACUGGUAUUCAAAUACGUGGCACUUUUCAACGAAGUUUAACUUCGAUGAUACUCUUACAGAUUGUUGCAGUUUUUAUUCCAAUAAUACCUUUUUCUACAGUAGCUAUUUAUCAACUUAUAACUUCAUCAGUGGUUAAAUCAUCUUAUCGUUUGGCACAAGAAGCGUUGGCUCUUAAUAUAACUAAUAUUAUUUUAUACAUCAGUUAUGCAUCAAACUUCUAUAUAUAUCUUAUGUCGUCAUCAUCCUAUCGUCGAGAUUUUCUACAAUUUAUCUUAUUUUGGUAUCAUCGAAAUUAUACGAAUAAUCGUAUUGGAACUAUGACAAGAGAACAAUUUGAAAUGAAUACAGCAUCAAUAACAAGACAAUUACCACGACCAGUUAAUUAA